AACUCGAAAAGUAGUAGAGCUUCAGAGCCGGGAGAGGAGGAAGAAAACAAACCUCAUGAUCAAAACAGUGACAGAAUUAGCAAUCUUCCAGAUGCUAUAUUACAUCAGACACUUUCCUUGUUACCCAUCAAAACCAUUGCACAAACCAGUGUUUUAUCUAGAAGAUGGAGUUAUCUAUGGGCUUCCUAUCCUGUCCUUGACUUCUCUGAGGUUUUUCCAAUGCCCUAUCCCAAAUAUUUGGUUAAUGAGAAAAUACUUGAUCAGCAAACUAAAGCAAUGAAGUCCAUAACCACAGUAUUGUCCCGCCGCCAUGAAAACUCUAAUAUAAGGGUUUUUCGUGUUUCAGGCCAUCUGAGUUGUUCUGAUUUGUAUGAUUUCAUUGGUCGGGUGGUGAAGCAUAGAGUUGAGGAACUUAGUCUUGAAAUCUGGCCGAGAGAUAAUUGUGAAGUUCCAUAUUGUUUAAUUGAAUGUGAUUCGUUAAGGAGUCUCAAAUUGGAAACGGGAGCUCUACAAUAUAGAUGCAUAGGGCGGCCAAUUUUAUUAAAACUUAGUUCUAAGAGUGGUCUCCGUUCCCUUCACUCAUUGUCUCUAACCGGUGUGCAUUUCUCGGAGAGUGCUUUGGACGAUGUGGAUUUAUUUACCAGUUCUUCAUUCCCUUCUCUUGAGAGAUUGACCGUAGAAUAUUGUAAAAAUAUGAGUCAUGAUCUUAUAGUUAGAAGUCCCAACCUCAAAGAUGUAGAAAUAUCAAUGGAAUAUUGAUAUACGAAACCAGAGAAUUUGAAGAUCCAAUAUUGCAGGGCAAUACGGCUCGACAAUGUAGUGAGUUGGAUAAAGAUUUUUGCCCCGAACCUACGA